AGCUGAAAAUCAGAACGCUGUCUGCUCCCCAGAAGGAGAAGAUAUCUAAGUGUCAACUAGAGGAGAAAUCCCCGGGGUUGGUAAGACAUUAAAGAAGAUUUAAUUCGAGCUUAUUCACCAAACUAUCUCUGGAUUGAAACCAAAUUGAAGAAGCAGCACCCUCUGGACUGCAUCUGAACAAUGGAGGCAGCUCUAGCAAAAACGCCAGAGAAAAGGCAAGUCGUUUUUAUUGUUGUGUUGUUGCUUUUGUGGGAGGCUGGUUCUGAAGCAAUUAGAUAUUCCAUGCCAGAAGAAACCAAGAGUGGAUAUUUGCUGGCUAAUCUGGCAAAAGAUUUGGGGCUCAAGGUAGCAGAACUGACCACUAGAGGGGCGCGAAUUCAUCAUAGAGGAAACAAAGAGCUCUUGCAAAUGGAUGCUGAAACCGGGAAUUUGCUCCUGAAGGAAAAACUAGACCGCGAGGAGCUGUGUGGGGCGACAGAACCCUGUGUGCUGCGCUUCCAGCUCAUACUGGAAAACCCUGUGCAGUUCUUCCAAACUGACCUGCAGCUCACAGACAUAAACGACCAUUCUCCAGAGUUCCCUCACAGGGAAAUGCUCCUAAAGAUCCCGGAGAGCGCACAGCCAGGCACUGUGUUUCCUCUGAAGGCAGCUCAGGACCCUGACAUAGGCAGCAAUGCUGUUCAGAACUACACAGUCAGCGCCAACCUCCACUUCCAUGUCGUUACUCACAGUCGUGCUGAUGGCAGGAAAUACCCGGAGCUGGUGCUGGACAGAGCUCUGGACAGGGAGGAGCAGCCUGAGCUCACUUUAACCCUCACUGCUGUGGAUGGAGGGUCACCACCCAGGUCUGGGACCACCACAGUCCGCAUUGAAGUAGUGGACAUCAAUGAUAACGCUCCCCAGUUUGUACAGUCGCUCUAUGAGGUUCAGAUUCCUGAGAACAGCCCCUUUGGUGCCUUAGUUGUGGCAGUUUCUGCCAGGGAUUUAGAUGUUGGACCUCAUGGGAAUGUAGUCUACUCUCUGUUUCAAGGUGAUGGAGCUUCUCUGCCAUUUGUUAUAGACGAGGUCACAGGAGAAAUUCGCCUUAAAAUGCCAUUGGAUUUUGAGGCAACUCCCUAUUAUAACAUGGAAAUUGUAGCAACAGACAGCGGUGGCUUUUCAGGAAAAUGUAGUGUAGCUAUACAGAAGGAGAAGAUAUCUAAGUGUCAACUAGAGGAGAAAUCCCCGGGGUUAGUAAGACAUUAA